UUAAAGAAAACCUUAUUCUCAUUCUCUAUCGAACCCAAAAAUGAACUCCAAAACCAAACACCCCUCCUUGUGAGGAAAAAGAAUAAUCUAGAAAGUGGAAAACACACGAGAUUUACAUAGAUAGCAUUUGAUUUGGCUUUUUUGAACCUGCAAAUUAACACAAAAUACUCUCGAAUAUGGAGAUGAGCUGCAUCAACUUUCCUUUGUCUUCCAGAUCCAUCACACAAUCUCAUACCAACCUCCUGAUCCGUAUUCCACCAACAAUAAGUACAACACGACGUCGUAUAACGGUUGUAAGAAACGGAAUCGGGGAUGGAUCAGCAAAAAAGUACAAAGGAACACAAAUGAGAGUAAAAAAGCUAAACGAACUCAUCGAAGCCAAAGUGGUUGAAGCCACCGAAAUUUGCAACGGAAACCGUGAUAGCGACGAAUGUAAGGUGGCGUGGGAUGAAGUGGAAGAAGUCAGCCAAGCCAAAGCUGAUCUCCGCCGAAAACUUGAUGAAAAUAAGGAUCCGUUGCAGUCGUUUUGUGAGGAACAUCCCGAGACUGACGAGUGUCGGAUUUAUGAAGAUUGAUUGAUUCUUAAAAACACAAUCCUAUCCUAUAUGUUUUUCUAUCUUGUACUCCACUAUGUUUGUUUAUCGCUAUGUGUUGUAAUACUGUUUAAUUAUUUUCUAAUUAAUUGAUGAUGAUAAUAAUUAGUAGUAGAGUAAUUAAUUAA